CGCUGCAGGAGCAGAAGGGCGAGCUGCGCAAGCGGCUGUCCUACACCACGCACAAGCUCGAGAAGCUCGAGACCGAGUUCGACUCCACGCGCCACUACCUGGAGAUCGAGCUGCGGCGCGCGCAGGAGGAGCUCGAGAAGGUCACGGAGAAGCUGCGCAGGAUUCAGAGCAACUACAUGGCGCUGCAGAGGAUCAACCAGGAGCUGGAGGACAAGCUGUACCGCAUGGGCCAGCACUAUGAGGAAGAGAAGCGAGCGCUGAGCCAUGAGAUUGUUGCCCUCAACAGCCACCUGCUAGAGGCCAAGGUGACCAUCGACAAGCUGUCGGAGGACAAUGAGCUCUAUAGGAAGGACUGCAAUCUAGCGGCCCAGCUGCUGCAGUGCAGCCAGACCUACGGCAGGGUCCGUAAGGUGUCCGAGCUGCCCUCCGACUUCCAGGAGCACGUGAGCCUGCACACGGAGAAGCACGGCUGCAGCCUGCCCUCCCCGCUCUGCCGUCCGGCCUAUGCCGACAGCGUCCCCACCUGCGUCAUUGCCAAGGUGCUGGAGAAGCCUGACCCCAACAGCCUGUCCUCCCGCCUGUCUGAUGCCUCAGCCCGCGACCUGGCCUUCCGGGAUGGGAUGGAGAAGCCGGGCCCACGGCCCCCCUACAAGGGGGACAUCUACUGCAGCGACACGGCCCUUUACUGCCCCGAGGAGCGGCGGCGCACCCGGCGGCCCAGCGUGGACGCGCCCGUGACCGACGUGGGCUUCCUGCGGGCUCACAACUCCACCGACAGCGCGGCCGAGGAGGAGGAGGAGGCCGAGGCGGCCGCCUUCCCCGCAGGCUUCCGGCAUGAGGCCUUCCCAGGCUAUGCGGGCUCGCUGCCCACGUCCAGCUCUUACUCCAGCUUCAGCGCCACGUCGGAGGAGAAGGAGCACGCCCAGGCCAGCACGCUCACUGCCUCGCAGCAGGCCAUCUACCUGAACAGCCGUGACGAGCUCUUCGACCGCAAGCCACCCGCCGCUGCCUACGAGGGCAGCCCGCGCUUUGCCAAGGCCACGGCCAGCGUGGCAGCGCCACUCGAGGCCGAGGUGGCCCCGGGGUUUGCGCGGACCAUGUCUCCGUACCCCGCCGAGCCCUUCCGCUUCCCGGCUUCCCCGGGCCCCCAGCAGGCCCUGAUGCCCCCAAACCUGUGGAGCCUGCGGGCCAAGCCGGGGACGGCCCGGCUCCCUGGGGAGGACGUGCGGGGCCAGUGGCGGCCCCUGAGCGUGGAGGACAUUGGCGCCUACUCCUACCCGGCCACCACCGCCGGCCGCGCCUCGCCCUGCAGCUUCUCGGAACGCUACUACGGCAGUGGGGGCAGCCCGGGCAAGAAGGCCGAGGGCCGCGCCAGCCCCCUCUAUGCCACCUACAAGGCCGACAGCUUCUCGGAGGGUGACGACCUCUCCCAGGGCCACCUGGCAGAGCCCCACUUCCUCCGGGCCAGCGGCGACCUGAGCCUGAGCCCCAGCCGCGCGGCCGACCCGCUGCCCGGCUACGCGCCCAGCCAGGGGGACGCGGAGAGGCUCGGGGUGCAGCUGUGCGGGGCAGGCGGCAGCCCUGAGCCGGAGCAUAGCCCCCACAGUUCCAGGGACUCCCUGGAGCCCAGCUCCAUGGAGGCCUCCCCGGAGAUGCACCCCACUGCCCGCCUCAGCCCCCAGCCAGCCUUCCCGCGGACUGGUGGCUCGGGGCUCAGCCGCAAGGACAGCCUCACGAAAGCCCAGCUCUACGGAACCUUGCUCAACUGAGC